CUCCUCCUCCCUCCUCUGCCUCCUCCUCCUCCUGCGGACUCUCCUAAACACUACCAGACGCUAACCAGGGGACAUUACCACGGAGGACGGGAGAGAGGGAGAGCGUUGAGUUUAUUCUCAUCAAAGCUGUUGGGUUUUAAGUAACCCUGCGUGCGUGUGCGUGCGUUUCGCGUGUUGGUUUAGCGCGCUGCGUUACGAAACCCGGCGACUCGAGUUCGAUUCCACGGUUCACGGCCAACACCGCCGGUGGCGAGUAUCUGAAACGGUCCUGGGGUACCUCCUCUAGGUCGACUCGGACUCAAAUGAGUAGCUGGUGUGGUGUGUAGUCAUCGCCACUCGGGAGAUAAGGGCGGUCGGGCGUGGUGCUAGCCACCACACUCCCUCGUGUGCCGACCCGGCUUUUCAUCGGUGCCCGCUAACAGCGCUUGCCCCAACAGUCUGUUAAGGCUCUACUGGUGAUCUUUGUUUCGUCUGUAAACACACUGGACUAGCUACUGACAGAGCUGCAGUUAAUUUAGAGUACAGAAGUUCUCAACGACGAGUACAGUAUUUGAGUCCAUCAUCAUCAUUACCACCACCACCAUCAUCAUCAUUUACACCACCACGCCGCCACGUGUGGCCAACUUGGACUCGGGGGAGCUGGAAGUUUCGUCAGUAGAUCUGUCGAACAGGACUUCUCAACAUCGAUAACUCUGGGUAGAAGGUUCCACCGUCUUCGCCAUCAUCAGCUACACUACCGUGCGGCUAACCUGGAUUGACCGGAGCGCUCCUAACCAAAUCUCCUCUCUCCAUCAUCAUCAUCACCAUCAUCCCCGCGGGCUCCGAUGGCUGGUGCUGGCAGGCUGACGAUGCCCCUGCUGCUGCUGCUAUCACCGCUGCUGCUACUACUGCUUCAACUCCACACGUCGCUCGCCUUGUCCACCUGCCGGAGCUUGGACCUCACCGAGUUGACGCGCAAGCGAAUCGAGGCGAUCCGCGGUCAGAUCCUGAGCAAGUUGCGGCUGGCCGAGCCGCCUGAGCAUUUCGCGGGCGGCGGCAGCAGCCAGACGGUGGUGGUGCCGGGCUCCGUGAUGGCCCUCUACAACAGCACCAGGGACAUGCUGGUGCAGCAGCAGCGGCGGCGGCUGUCUAUCGAGCAGGGCUGGUGCGCAGAGGCGUUGGCACGCGGCGAGGAACACUACUACUCACGAGUGGCGCACAUCGUCAACUGCAGCAGGAUCAACAGCGACUCGAGGGGGACGUUCGAGUUCGACGUCGGCGCGCUGUCCUUCGACGUGCGCUACGUGUCGGCCGAGCUGCGCCUGCUGAGGACGCCCAACCCCGAAGCGACGCUCCCCGAGCAGCGCAUCGAGCUCUACCAGCUGCUGCCUGGCCCGGGUCCAGACAACCUGACUCAGCGCUUUGUGUCGAGCCAAGUGGUGCAGACGGGAGGGGAGGAGGAGCUGCUUGUGUUCAACGUGACCGACACGGUGCAGGCCUGGCUGCAGGACUCAACCAUGAACAAAGGUUUCAAGAUCUCCUUGCACUGGCCAAGCGACUCAACCGUACCGCAACCGGGGAUGCAAGUUCACUUCGAAGAAGGGCGGGUGGUGGGCCCAGCCCGGCACGACAUGCAUGUGAUCGAGGUGUACAAGACGGCACAGGAAAAGGGACGGCUCCCGUACCUGCUGAUCAUGACGCAGUCGGGGAGCCCGAACGGCUCCGACGAGGCGCGGACCUCCACCUCUGCUCGGAAGAAGCGCACGCUCGAUGAAAAGUACUGCAUGAGCAAUCAGGAGGACAACUGCUGCCUGAGGAAGCUGUACAUCGACUUUCGGCGCGACCUCGGCUGGAGGUGGAUUCACGAGCCCAAGGGAUACCACGCCAACAUGUGUGCCGGGCCCUGCCCCUACUUGUGGAGCUACAACACGCAGUACACCAAGGUGCUGGGCCUGUACAGCCUGCGCAACCCCGACGCGUCGGCCUCCCCCUGCUGCGUCCCUCAGGAGCUCGAGCCGCUCACGAUCCUCUACUACGUGGGGCGCGAGUCGCGCGUCGAGCAACUCUCCAACAUGAUCGUGCGCUCGUGCAAGUGCAGCUGAACGGCGCUGUCCAGCAGCACCGACGCCAAAGACACACGAAGAUUUCCCGUCCCCCACACCUCUCCCGCCCGCCCGCCCGCCCGCCCGCCCCCCCAUAGAGGCUUUAACAGGCUGUUAGGGCAAGCGCUGUUAGUAGCGAGCACUUAACGCCACCACCACCACCAUCGACGACAACAGCAGCAGCAGCGAAAAACGGCAGAGGCAGCGGGCGUUGUCUGUGUCUCCCCAUCCCCCCUACCCCUCCCCCUGCCCAGCCAUAGCGGCAGACUGCGUCGCCCCUCAAAAAACUCCCACCGAUGGCAGUCGUGGCCUGCCUCGUCCGGUUGGCGGGGAUAGCAAAAGCACAAAAGUGAAAAAUCACAAAGGACAGUCCUGCGUUGCGACUUUUCGUUGGUCGUUGAUCCCAGGCCCCCCUCCCCCCCGCCCCUGUCGGAGCGGUGGUAGGAAAUAAUUCGCGCGUUUCUUGAAAUGAGCAAGGCCAUAAUGGAAAAGAGUCUAUGGCGGGUGGGGUGGGGUGGGGUGGUUGGGUGAGGAGGAAUCGCAAAUCUUGAGCGGCGCGAGGGCAAGGAGAAGUGUCGUGACCUGGGACGUGGCGACCGAGCGCAGUGCGGAUGAGGCGACGCGUUUGGUGGAGGCACCAGCGGCGAGGUCGACGUUCACGGCAACGACUCACUGCCGCGGCGGCGGCAGCGGCGAUACGGAAGGGCGACGAGGAUGCCACUCGACCGACCGCGGCUACCAACUCCAAAACAGCGGGCAAAAAAAUCACCUCGCACUUCCCCUGAAACAUAAAUAAGCGCGAGGUCGGCGGACUUUGUGCAUGUGCGCGUGCGUCUUUGUCUUUUGCAUCUGCAAUCUGCCACCGGCUCUCGGGACGACGCAGCCGAACGGCAAAAAAAUCGCUGCCGACGGAACCUCCGCUGGCUUCUCUGCCACGAGAGGACGGGAGAAGCACGGGGACGGGGGGGGGGGGGGGGACCCGAACAUCCGAGACACAUGGAACUUCGCCGCGAUCGCGCUUGCGCCCCGCCCCGGUCCAUCUGCGUGGGACUCGCCUGCCGAUCGCCACCGUGCCACUUCUCACCGUCGGUUCAACUCCGCAGGGCUGCUCGAGAGAGCCGGCGAUGUCGCGUGACGUGUAAUACGCACGCCGCGGCGGCCCCGCGACAGUAGCCUGAGGUGCUUGCAGGAAUGGCGCAGCUAACCCGCGUGUGCUUAUUGCCAACACACGCUGGCUCGUAUGGGAUUGACGAGUUACCCUCAGCAUUGUGGGGUGGUGGGGGGGUGGAGGGGGCGAUAAUGGUGCCACUUGCUCCAGUUCGGUUUGCUCGUUGCGUGCGCGAUGUGCGGGUUUAAAGCGCUUCAGCUGUUUACGGUCCUCUUUGCAUGGGGGGGGGGGGGGUGCGGGGGGCCCAGGGCAAGUCACGCCGU